AAUGAUGGCAGAGAGGUGCGGGAGGAAUGCCAAGAAGAAAAAGAACGCAGUGUGCGUGCGUGCUGUGUUUGCUCCAUUAGCUCUGACGUCAGAGUUGCGUCGGCGCAGGCGCCGAAGAGCAGGACAUCCUGUGGAAUUGUUCUUGGCGAGACUAUGAGAAUGUCAAGUAGGCCACCCCUCCCUUCUCAUAAGCUAUCCUAUGAGUGAGUGAGUGAGUGAGUGAGUGAGUGAGUGAGUGAGUGAGUGAGUGAGUGAGUGAGUGAGUGAGUGAGUGAGUGAGUGAGUGAGUGAGUGAGUGAGUGAGUGAGUGAGGGAAGUUCAAUGCAAGGAAAAUGCAGCUCACGUGUGUAGGCGCUCAUAGACGUCACAAUUCCAAGGACAUCAAUUCAUGCAAUGUCUCUCGAUUGCGAUAGAUGAGAACAAUAAGUAUGUAGGUGAUAUUGGAGCGAGUGAAGGUGUGACGCAAACCGGAAAAAGCAGGGGGUGUUGUGGGUGUGCCUAUUUUUAGCCCCAGUGAGGAGAGGAGACACGUAUUCGUCGCAUUUCUCUGCCCUCGCAGGCUGUGCUUUCAUCCGUGCAUCAUGUGACAGGUGCAGCCCCGAAAGCCGACUGCGCACGAGAGGUGAAUACUAAAGAGGUAGAGAUCAGAGAGGUGUUUUGUACAAUCCAAAGAGCAGACAUGUUCUCACCGUUUUAACAAUCAAGUGAACCCUUAACAUAUGUUGUAAUCCAUUGCAGUGGUGCUGCAAACCAAAAUAUGACAUACGGGUAGAACAUUGAUGGAUGAUAAUUAGGAGGAUGUUUAUGUUUAUGCAUGUUUUGGAAAAACUCAAUUAUAUAAAAAAUGUUUUAUGUUGAAAUUGAGGGGGUAUUUUUUAUUUUGUGAAGUAAAGCAAAAAGAGAAUCUGGUUUUGAAUGAUGUCAUUGUACUUUUUUAUAUAAGCAUUGAGGAAAGGUCAAUUAAAAUAGGAAAUAUGUUUUUAUUUUUGUAACGCCCAGCUCUACUAUUACGUCUGUCAUUAUAUCGUCAUGUAUUUGUGAACUAUAUAAUGCUUGUGUUUGUAUUAUAUGUGGGAUCAAUUGACGGUACCUUCUCCAAAACAGCCGUUUCUAUUGGACGACCCAUUCUGGCUUUUUUCUCUAUCUUUGAUUGGCUGUGAGUUUGGAUGGGCGGGUCUUACCAACGACCGUCUUCUGUGGUAGUAGAAGGGUUGCAGACGCCAAACGGACACUAGUUAUGAACUGUGUGCAGGAUUUCAUCUUCUCCCUCAACGUUUAUUUAAUCUGAAAACCUGGAACGAUAAUAUAUUGGCGUAGAGCCGAUGAGGCGCUUUUAAAAUUGGCUUUUGCAAUUGUGCCCUCUACCCGCAUUGAGUACAUUUGAAGGAGGCGUCAGUCGGCAGCUUCUCCACUAUGCGUCUUAUCGUCGACUCGAGCUCCACCGGCGGCCCAUUGGAGCUCGUCGUCCCAAGUGGAGAGACUGUGGACGGGCUGAGGACGCGCCUCUCUCGUCAACUGAACGUGCACAAGGACAGAAUCGUCCUCCUGCACCAAAACAAGCAAUUGACUACAGGGAAACUACUGGAGCAAGGUGUAGCAGAUGGCAGCAGACUCACCUUACAGGUGCCUGUUGUAGUCGAAGCUGGGUUAUUUUCUUCUAGUGCCAGAGUCAAGAGGAUGGUCGAGGUUUUGGAGAAGUUAACAGAAUGCGAGAUCAGUGAUUUCCUGUCUGGACGUUCACCUUUGGCCAUUAAACUGGCAGUGGGUGUCCACACAAUGCAUGUGCAGCUCCAGCUGUCUGCUCAGGAUGUGGCUAAGCUGCAGCUGGACAAAGCCUCGGGAGCUCUUAGCAGCCCACCCCCAAAGGUCAACAUGGCCCGGUCUGCUCGGAGUUGCUGCUCCCCCACUGACAUGACCACCACGUCGGCAGCUUCUCCUCCCCCACUCGCAUACUCGGCCAUGCAAUCCAACCCCCGAGCUGUUUCUUCUAUGGACUGCCACCGCCAAGCAACUUCUCAUCAGUCCCGUCCACACGCCACUCUUUUAACGCCUUCCUUCCACGCAGCUUGCCCACUUCCAGCCACCACGCCGGUUUGUUUCAGUGACUCCACUGCUGCGCCUCGGAGUCCAUUACCUGCCUCCACCGUCAGAGAGUCUUUUCCUUCCUUCACUGCUGAAUCCAUCAAGCAACCGGGUGCAGUCAUAGAAAGUUUUGUCAGUCACUCUCAAGGAGUGUGCUCUGGAACUUUCUCAGGCACUCUGGUGCCGUGCAGUCGGAGCAACGUUAGCCAUCGUCACCGCGGCAUCGCCAUUAUUCUGCAGAUCCUCGAUGACCUCCUCAGAGCUGCCUCACUACACCAAGGGGCUCCGACAUCCCUUUGUCCCACUUUGGACCCGCCAGCACCGGAGCGCAAAUGCAAACAAAGGGCUGAUGAGGCUUGCCAAGUCCACAUAAACUCAGAAGAGAAUCAGACGCUGCACGGCAAGCUAAAGCACUUGCAGUCUCUGUUGGACCAACGGCGUCAUCACAAGCAAAGUCGCAGGAGUUCCCAAUUUUCACAACCAGCUCACCCGUAUCGGCGCCACCAUCGAUCCUAAUCUCCAUGGCAGUGGGCCAGCGGAGUGGACUUGAAGUUACUAUGUGCGUCAUCCCUUGUGCACAUGCUACUUGUUUAUUGAGUUAUGAAAAGAAAUAACUGACCAAACACAAUUUGGGUCAUUUAAUUCCAACAUAUAUUCUUUGCUUAUGCAUAACUGAAAAUAACUGACUAUAUUAUCCUUGCUCCAAGUACAAGUAGACUUGAAAAAAAAAAAAGAGUUACCCUAAAGCCUCAGUUUCAUUCCCCGUUAUCAGGAAGUGAUUAUGAAAUAUUUCCAGAGGGACCACGAGGUGGCACUGUUUACAUUACCUGACCCAGAUGAGGGAGGAGCAGUCUCAUUAACUUUGUUGCUCAUAAAAUGUUGCUCGACUUGAUUGAACUUGUAUUAAAUGCCAAAGGCAUAUAUUUCCA